AUGGGAGGUGCUAGAGCUCGGCCAUCCUUUUACAGCCCACUCAACUGGUCUCAGCAUCUGCUCCAAGCUGACCUGUCCGGAACCGAACGGCUUGUUCGCGCACCGACCGACGACUGCCACCGCUAUGUCAAGUGCGCCCACGGCCACGCCUACGUCGAGACCUGCCCCGCCAACCUGCACUUCAACGAGGCCUCUGGGAGCUGUGACCACGCGGAGAACGCCAAGUGCGACAUAACCGAGCGGCUGGAGACCGUCGGAUGUUCCCUUCGGUCCGCUAAGGCCAGUCGAUCCUUGCCCGCAGAGUCGGACCUUUCCGUCCAGUGCGACUGUGACUGCUGCCUCAAGCCACACAAGGACUGCAACAAGUACUACGAGUGCAAGGAUAACGUUGCCUACGUCAAGGAGUGCGGAGGUGAUCUGGUGUUCAAUCCUGCAAAGGAACAGUGCGAUCUUCCAACCAAUUAUGAAUGCCCUAAACCAAUCAUUUGUGGCUGCCAUUGCCGAUACCCAGUCGACGGGGAGUGCAAUGCAUACUAUGACUGCAAGGACAACGAGGCGGAGAAGAAGUACUGCUCGGAAGGCCUGCUGUUCAACCCCGAUACCCGCAUGUGCGACAUCGCUUCAAAUGUCCACUGCCCGACUAUCGAUCCAACAGUUGGCCCUUGCAAUGAAAACGUCUUCGAUUCCGAUCCUGACUGCAAGUUCUGGGCCGCCAACAACGACUGUCACUGCAAGUGGACGGAUGGUGACUGCUCUUGGCAGCACUUCGUCGCCCGUGCCUGUCCCGCAGCUGUGGAUGCCAAGGCAAUGUGGACGUCACGAAGCCUCCUGUAAUUGAGUACCCUUGCGUGGACUGCUCUACCGGCCAACAGUACUGGCAGCAUCCCAGCGACUGCCGCAAGUUCAUCCAGUGCACAUCGUACGGUCCUCAGGAGAUGCCAUGCGGAGAAGGAACAGUUUGGGACCAAAACCUGCUCACCUG